AUGGGUCUGAAGAUGGCUGAAUUCGAACCGCUUCCAGUCUCCGAGUUAUUCUCCGUUAAACCCGAUCUUGCGCCCCACGACUGCCCGUUUGUUCCAUAUUGGGCUCGCUCUCACGUGCAGUGUGCGCAGAACCUCCUCCCUGCCUCCGAAGAACCUAUCGAAUACGACGACGACGACGAGGACUUUCAGGAUAAUUGUUUCUUCUUCCCCGAGGACUGCUCUUAUACCCCACCCAAGGACUGGGUCGUCGAGACUCAACGGCUAUCCACGAAGAAUACGACAGAGGUCCGGGUCAAAGUAAAUACCGACAUCAUGCUCCCCGAAUUACCGGAUAUCAAGAUGCUGGACUCAGAGGCGCUGGGCGACCUUCUGGAGGACAAUCUCUGCCCGCCAGAGAUCACAACAAUGCUUGUUUUCUCAACCAAUGGCGCAGUCUUCGCCUACGCUUCCUCACUCCCAUCCCGUCAACUCCGGAAUCUCAGCGCAACCUACGGCGCUGCAUACACAUGUUACGCUAAGACUGCCUCCAGUGGAAACCUCACUGGCGUGAACCCCGCUAGUCAUCCCUCGUCCUACGUAACGGCCCAGUCCAUGUCGCUAGGUGACGUGGGCUCCAUCGUCUUCGAACUCGAUGACUCCGUGGCGGUAGUGACCCGCCUCGCCGACAAGGUUCUCCUUGCCGCAAUUGGGCCAAACAAAAUCGAUCAGACCACGCAAAAAGGAGCCGAUCCUGACUAUCUAACUGAAGGUGGGGCCUCGGCAGAUCCAUCCGUCGGGAAUGGUGCCACGUCAGAUGGAUCUCAAGGUGAUGGGCAGCGCACACCAACCGCAGCACCGCCGUCCCCGAAUCCCCCCGCCCGAAACGGCACCCUUGAUGCCCAACAUGAGAUAGAUCGCAGCGCCGAUCUUGCACGUCUCGCCAGUCUUAAUCUCUCUGCUUCCCCCUCCGUACUGUUGGCGUUGGAAUCAAAAUGUGCUGCGCUGGGUCGAUUCCUCGGACAGAAGCUGCGUGAUUUGGAGAGUCCCGAGGAUUUCUAA